AUGGAUAUAGCGAAGAUGGACAGAUACGUUGGGCCGGUGACGUCCACAAAGUAUACACGUAAUAUUGCAAAGGAGCUACUAAUAGCAAUUAUUGCCGCGUUUUUCCUUGGAUUCGGUUCGUUGUUCCUCCUUCUGUGGGUUGGUAUCUACGUCUAG